AGUUUUCUUUGCAAAUAAUAUAAAUUAUAACAAUUCGCCAAAAUGUCGUAUAUGCUGCCGCAUUUACACAAUGGCUGGCAAGUGGACCAGGCCAUACUCUCAGAGGAAGAUCGAGUUGUUGUAAGUCGUUUUGGACACGAUUGGGACCCGGCAUGCAUGAAAAUGGACGAGGUAAUGUACAGCAUCGCCGAGAAGGUGAAAAACUUUGCCGUCAUCUAUCUGGUGGAUAUAACAGAGGUGCCCGACUUCAAUAAAAUGUACGAGUUGUACGAUCCCUGCACAGUCAUGUUCUUCUUUCGCAAUAAACACAUUAUGAUUGAUUUGGGCACUGGUAAUAACAAUAAGAUCAAUUGGCCGCUGGAGGAUAAACAGGAAAUGAUUGACAUUGUGGAGACGGUGUAUCGUGGUGCACGCAAAGGACGUGGUCUGGUGGUGUCACCCAAAGAUUACUCCACCAAAUAUAGAUACUAAGCUUUGGAUUUAUUAAUGAUAAUAAAUAAAUAAGUCUACUCUGUACAGCUACGAAA